AUCCCACAAUCCCUAAGUCAGACAUUUUCAAAAUUCAAAUUUGAAAAGAGCUUUAGAGAGAGAAGAGAGAAUGGCGUCAGCGACCGGAAACAUGAAGGGUUUUUACCGACAGAGGAAAACGACCGCUACGAAGAAAUCUUCCAAAAAAUCUCCGAUCAACACUGCCAUUUUGGGUUCCACUGCGAUCCAAACGCCGGCUACCUCCUCCGGCGCUGAAUGCAAUGAGAGCGAGGUGGUGUUGCGGCAAUUCGAUUUGAACAUGGCUUAUGGGCCCUGCCUCGGGAUAGCGCGUCUUGCACGGUGGGAGCGUGCUCAGAGACUCGGUUUGAACCCUCCCCAGGAAAUCGAGAGUCUCCUGAAGAGUGGGAAAGUUCAGAUGGAGUCAUUGUGGGGUGGUCGCAUUUAGGUUCCCUUUUCUGUGGAAAGAAAAAAAUUAAUUGAAAUCCAAUAGCGUAUUUGUGUAUUUAGGUUUUGCUCCGGAAACUCAGCUUCUGGCUGUGUUCCUAUUUAUGUGACUCUAAAAUUACGACUGCGAAAUGUUGAUGUUUUCUUGCUUCCUGUUGUCAGCUAUGAAAUCCUGUUUUUUUCUCUGUUAUCUGGCUAAUGGCUGUUGAAAUUCCCGUGAAUGUGAUUGUUUAUAAAUUGGUGUC